AGCUAUAUACUUGAAAAACAAAAUAUCAAGAAUUGUCGAAGAACCUGUACAGAGAAAAAUCAAGAUAUGAAAACAGAAGAAAAUACAAUGUCUAAUAGUGAAGAUAGAGAUAGAAGUAGAGAGCGUGACAGAAAUCGUAGAUCAGAUCGGCCAAAUCGUAUAAAUUCUAAUAGUCGAGAUCGCAGUCGUGAAAGAAACGAUCGUGGCAGAAAAGUUGCUGAUCGACGAAUUUACGUAUCAAAUAUACCUUAUGAUUUCCGUUGGCAAGAUUUAAAAGAUCUUUUUAGAACUGAAGUUGGGAAAGUAGCUCACGUUGAACUUUUUACAGAUGAAAAUGAUAAGCCUAGAGGUUGUGGUAUUGUUGAAUUUGAAGAUUCUGAUUCCGUGAAAAUAGCUGUAGAGAAAAUGCACAGGUUUGAUAUUAAAGGAAGAAAGCUUGUAGUCAAAGAGGAUUAUGAUGUUGAGCGCGACAAAUAUGGACGCUUAACUACAGGACGUAAUAAUGAUAGAAUUCGAGAAGACAGAUUUCGAGAUCAAUCAAGACCUAAUCCAGGCAGGCAAAAUAUGCCAAUUCCUAGCGGUGGAGGUGGUGGCAGUGGUAAUGGUGGAAAUGCUGAUAAUAAAUUUGGAAAUACAUAUGGAUUAAGCACUCAGUUUUUAGAAUCCCUUGGUAUUAGUGGACCUUUAGUUACUAGAGUUUUUGUAGCUAAUCUUGACUAUAAAGUUGAUGAAAAAAAAUUACUGGAAGUAUUUAAAUUAGCUGGAAAAGUUUUGCAUGUUGAGCUAGGCAAAGAUAAAGAUGGAAAAUCACGUGGUUUUGGUGUUGUCGAAUAUGAUCAUCCAGUUGAAUCUGUGCAAGCUAUUUCAAUGUUACAUAAUCAACAACUUUAUGAUAGACGCAUGACAGUUCGAUUAGAUCGUGCUAAUGAACCAGAUAUGCCACCUAAAUUACCUGAAGGUUUAAAGGGGAUUGGAAUGGGCCUAGGAGCAGGUGGAAACAGAUUGACAGAUGUUGCUAGAAAUAUUCCAAAUGUUCAACCUAAUAAUCCACCAGUAGUUAAUCCGAUUUCAGCACCUGUAUUAGCUACUGGAGCAUUCGGAGCUGGAUUGAAUAAUGUUGUUCCUGCACAAUUAGCUACAGCACUUACAAAUAGUAAUGCAGCUGCUCUACAAGCCAGUUUAGCUAGUGGAUUAGGAGCUAAUCUGGCAACAACUUCUUUAUUGAAUAGUUCUUUGACAAAUGAAUUGGCAUCCAAUUUGAAUAAUUUUGGUCAGGGAGCUGCUAGUUUAGCAAAUCUUCAAGCAUCACUUGCAAACGCCCAAUCAAAUAAUAGUUUCGCACCAAGAGGUUUAUCCAAAUUGGAUAACGAUGUUGGUUUUGGUGCUAACAAUACCUUUGGAAAUUCGGCUUUUGGAAAUAGCAGAGAUUUUGAUGGUGGUUUUAAUAGAGGAGAUACUGAUCGUGUUUCCGUUGGUGGAGCAGCAUUUUCUACCAACGCUGGUCAAGUAGGUGGAAAUAGACAAAAUAGUAAUGGGUCUCGACAAAUAUCUGACACAAUUGUUAUUGGAAAUUUACCUCCAAAUACAACCUGGCAAAUGUUGAGAGAUAAAUGUCAAGAUAUAGGUGAGGUCAAAUUUGCAGAAAUGAGAGGAACAGAUGUGGGUAUGGUACGAUUUGCAUCAGAGUGGGAUGCAGAACGUGCUGUGUCUAUGAUGAAUCGGUCACGUAUUGAUGGUAGGACAAUCGAAGUGCGUCUGUAUUAAAUGGUAAAAUUAUCCCAAUCAAGCAUUAUUCACUGAUCCUGAUAUGAAAUUUUUAAUACGUUUCAAUCCAGUUGUGAGAGGUGAUGGUUGUGCAGUACAGUCAUUUCAUUUGUUCAACAUCGUUUGCGUCAACAACCGACUUUAUUUUAUUUUUUUAUUGAGGAAGAGGUGGGGAAAUUCAUUGCUAAAAACUUAUUGAAAUUGAUGGAUCAUGUUGUGUUUGAUUUUGAAAUUUUUUCCUAAUGGCAGAAAAUAGUUUCUUUUUCGUCGUAAAAAUCAUACGGGAUGGGUCGAAUCAGUUGAAACAAAGAAGAAAUUUGUGUUGAAAAUCUUUAACGAAAACAAUAUUUUUCUUUUGAGUCCAUUUAAUUGUCAAUUUUUAAGUAAUUUUAAAUUAUUGAAGUAAUAAUAUAAAUAUUGGUCGUUAUGUUCACAGCCCGUCCCAUUCCGUUCGAUUCCUGAUGGUAUGACAGCAAUUAGUGUCAUUAGUUUUAGAAAUAGGUUUGUAAUAGUUGUAUUAUAAUCCACAUAGCUUGUUAUACAUAGAAAGUAAGUAUGAAAAUCUGCUUUGUAAACUGUUUUACCGGCAACAAUAUUUCUUGCAAUGCAAAAUUUCUUGUGUCGUUAUUCAUUCAACAUAUAUUUAUGCUGAUUUCUUGGUAUAACGUUUAAUAUAAAGAAAAAAUAGAUUUAUAUCCAAUGUAGUAUUCUAAAGAAUACAAAAUCAUUAUUCUAUGUAUUAAAUAUUUUGUCGAAAAUAUUGUUUAAAAGAAACUUCAUCGUCAGGACAUCGGGAAUUUAUUUUUAAAUUUCUAAGCUGUAUUGUAGGCGCGUUGGUUGAUCCAAAAGGUUUUUGUACAUCGGGUUUCAUUUUUGUUGCGUAUUUUAUUCAAUGAUAGAGGAUUAAUUUAAUAAUACAGAUAAAUUAUACAUUUUUUAUAAUGGUUCCAAUUGGUUAUUCAUGUCAUUGUUUUGAUAUCUGUAUGAUUUGAUAAACGCCUUACUAUAGUCUACAUAUAUCAUAUCCGUGAGUACAUUCUGGUAUGUAUUACAGAUAUUUUAUUUUUGAACCAAUGCAUAAGUUCGUCACUUUAAACUAUUAACGAUUAAGAGAAGUCGGUAUUUACAGAUAAUUCUGUAUUCUUGUAAAAACAUUUCCUCUCGCUACAUAGAUCCAUGGAAACUUCUUACAUACUGUAUAACAUUCUUGUAUAAUCAAUUUGAAGAUAGCCAUUGAAUAAAAUUCAAAUCCAUAUUUGACUAUAAUAA